AUGCUUUGUUAUCGUAAACACUCUAUUUUCACAAAAAAGUACCAUAUUUUCAUAAAUGAAAAUGAAAUUCUCUUAGGAGAAGUAAUUAUUCAUUUUAUUUUAUAGAACAAAACUAAAAUAAAAUAUACUAUCAAUCUCACUCCUUAAACCAUCAUUGAUUGGUCAAUUAAUCAAAAAACCAAAUAACUCAAUGGGUUUUGGUUAAAUUGGAAUAACAAAUAGAAGUUAUUCUUGAUGGAUGCAACAACUUGUAAUUUGUUUAAAUAGUCUCUAAAUGGCAUAGUCACCUAUGGAAAAUAUUAAAUUCUUUAUGAGCCAACAAAUUGUAUAUCGCACAAUACUUUUGGCUAAGUAAUCAUCACUUUCUAUAAAAGAUUUAGCAACUUGUAAAAAUGAGAUAUUUUAAUUCUGGGGAUUCUUACAUGUGUAAAACUAUUUAAAAAUCUCUAAAAUAUACUGAUGAAGUAAAUGCAUUAAAUAUUCUUAGGAUUUCUUUUAUUAAUUCGAAAUCCUUAAAUAAUUAGAUCAUUCGAAAAUCUUAAAAUUGAAAGAAGUUUAUAAUACUAACAAUUAGUAUCAUUUUGUUUUCAGUUACCCAGAAGGAGGUUCCUUAGCUGAUAUGAUCAAGUCAAAAUAAUUAUCAUUCUAAGAAGUAAAAUUAAUAAUUGAAGUAAAUUAUUAUAAUUAAUCUAGCAAUUGAUGUCAACUGUUUCCUAUAUUCAUUCAAAAGGGUAUGUUCAUAGAAACUUAAAACCGGAACAUAUAUACUUUUAGGAACCAAAUAACCUUGAAACCCUGGUCAUUUCAGAGUUUGAAUUGGGAUGCAGACUCAUAGAUUUUCAGAAUAAGUACUUAUUUUCAUCCCAUUAUUGUAGACGUCCAACUUACAGAGUUUAUGGUUAUUCUGCACCGGAAAUUAAGUAGGAAAUAAUUACAGAAAAAUCUGAUAUCUUUAGUUGCGGUGUCAUUUUAUAUAAAAUGUAUCAACUUUUAAUAUCAAAUUUAGUAUAACAAGAAAAGAUUUAUUUGAUCAUGAGUCUAACACAUAUGAUGAAAAAAUGAUGUUGCAUUUGAUCAAUCAAUCAGACAUCGAUUCAUAAUACUAGAAUUUACUUAGAAUGAUGCUUGAAUUCAAUCCUUAGUUAAGGGCGACUGCAGAUUAAUGUCUAACAAUAAUUAAUAAAUUAUCAUAAAGAACUCCUUAUUUCUCUCGUUUUCUCGAUAAGACCUGUAUAGAUACCAAUAGCAUUAACAAUGAAAUAAUUUCAAUUAAUUUGAUUGAGAAUUAAGAUGAACUUUCGGAAAAUUAGGAAUUUAUUUAGGGGUUGCCCACUAUUCAAAUUAAUAAGAGAACUGAAAUGUUUUAUUGA